GGAGGGGAGAUGAAUCGAGUGCCGAUAUGAAUGAGCCAGACUAGAGCUACAAACGAUGAAUAAAACCGCGUGGCGGAUGGAAGGAGGAGGAUGAACGGAUGGUAUAGGUGUGUCUGAUGCUCGCCAUCCUUCACAGGUUGCAUUCUCUUCCAAAGACGUCUUCGUUCUUCAAGGUUUAUCAUCUAUCAAGGACUUUCUGUGCGUUCAAGAUGGAAGGAGUUGCACCCAGCCAAGAAGAGACCGUCAUUACUGAGGGGAAAGCCAAGGUCAUCUAUCCCAGUGCCAACCAAGUCUUUUAUAACCCAGUGCAGGAGUUCAACAGAGACCUGACUUGUGCUGUCAUCACAGAGUUUGCCCGUAUGCAGCUGGCAGAGAAAGGCAUUGACGUUGUGGUUCCUGGAGAGCGGGAGCAGCAGAAAGUGGUGGUGGAUCUGUCAGACAAUGGAGAGGACAGCAGUGUCCCUGCCCCUGAGGAUAAUCCCGCUCCUGCAGAGAGACGCACUGUGACUGUAGGAGAGGCCUGUCCGGAGGGUCUGCGUGUCCUGGAGGGUCUGGCAGCUUCUGGGCUACGUUCCAUCCGUUUUGCCACGGAGGUUCCGGGAUUGCAGAGCAUUGUGGCCAAUGACUUCUCUGCCAGUGCGGUGGAGCUGAUCAAAAGAAACAUACAGUUCAACAGCGUGGAGCACCUGGUGACCGCCAGCUACAGUGAUGCCAGGAUUUUGAUGUAUAACAAAAUGGGAAAACACGACCGCUUCAACGUCAUAGAUCUGGAUCCCUAUGGGAGCCCCGCCAUGUUCCUGGACGCAGCGGUGCAGAGUGUCAGUGAGGGAGGGCUGCUCUGUGUUACCUGCACUGACAUGGCCGUGCUGGCGGGUAACAGCGGGGAGACUUGCUAUGGCAAAUACGGCUCCAUGUCCCUGAAGUCCAGAUUCUGCCAUGAAAUGGCCCUGCGUAUCCUCUUACACAGCUUAGAUCUGCACGCUAAUUGUUACCAGCGUUACAUCGUGCCUCUGCUUUGCGUUUCCGCUGACUUCUACAUCCGGGUGUUUGUGCGAGUCUACACCGGCCAGGCCAAGGUUAAGAUGUCUGCCAGUAAACAAGCCAUGGUAUACAACUGCGUGGGCUGUGGAACGUUCCAUCUGCAACGUAUGGGGAGAGCUGUGGCUCAGGGAAACAAUAUGAAGUUCUCCGCCGGGACGGGUCCUCCCGUAGGAACCAACUGCGAGUUCUGCCAUCAGAAGCAUCAGGUCGGAGGACCCAUAUGGGCCGAGCCCCUACACGAUGUCGCGUUUGUACAGAAAGUCCUGGCCGCUUCAGAGAGAAAUCCGAAACGCUUCAAAACCGCAGACAGGAUAGAGGGAAUGCUGAGCAUGGUGACUGAGGAGCUGAAUAUCCCGUUGUAUUACACCAUGGACAACCUGAGCAGCACCGUCCGAUGUAACACUCCCUCGCUGCUCCAGUUUCGGUCUGCCCUGCUGAAUGCUGACUACAAGGUGUCGCUGUCACACGCCUGUCAGAACGCCAUAAAAACAGACGCCCCACCCUCCGUUAUCUGGGACAUAAUGAGAUGCUGGGAGAAACUGAAUCCGGUGAAGAGAGAGAAGCUGUCGGAGACCAGCCCGGCCCAUCACAUCCUCAGUAAAGAGCCCAGUUUUCAGGCUAAUUUCGAAAUUCGACAAGACGCCAAUCCAAACUCCCGGAAGAUGGGCCUAAAGCGCUUUCAGGAAAAUCCAGAGGCCAACUGGGGGCCUAAAGCCCGAGCCAAAGCUGGGGGAGGAAUCGCAACAUCUCUGGAGGAGAGGAGGAAACACUUUCAGAACAAGAGAAAAGCCAUCGUGGAUGAUACAAGCUUUAAACAGUUUACGUGCAAGAAGUACAAGCAGGGAGAAGAACGGGAGAGGUCUAGACGGCAGUGUGAACGCAGCCUAACCUAUGAGGGUUUCUGUGACUUGGGCGACAGCUGCCGAUACUCUCACUCAUCUGCGGACUCUGAAGCGGAGUCGCAAGACAUCCCUCCAUCUGACAGUACUACCACUGCCUCCUGAAGGGGGCGCCGUGCUCUUGAUUCAGGACU